AUGAAGUCGUUCAAAUAUAGUCGGUGUUCCUCCGUUAAACCCAUCACACUCCAUUAUCGCACCUUGUCCCAUUUCAGUAAAAGCCCUUCCGCCCAAUUUCUCGCCGUCCAACCACACGGACCAAUCCCUGACGAUCCUAAAGCAAUCGCGGCCCAAGUAUCCGCCUCCACCAAUCUAAAGCAGCUCCGUCAGAUUUUCUGCCGCAUAAUCCGAACCCACUUACUGCACUUGCACCCGCACCCCUUUCACUACAACACCAUCGCCAGAGUCUACAGCAGGCUCGAGUCCCCGCGGGAGGCGCUGCGCGUCCACUCCGCCAUGCGCCGGGCCGGGCUCCGACCAGACAGCUUCACUCUCCCCAUCGUCCUGAAAUCCGCCGGCCAGCUCUCGGACCGGCCCCUGGCGGAGCAAGUCCAUGGGACCUCGUUCAAGCUCGGCCUCGACAAGGACAUGUAUUGUGAGAGUGGCUUGAUUAGCGCCUACUCCAAAGGGGGCAGAUUCGAGAGUGCCCGCAAGGUGUUUGAGGAUAGUACUGAGAAAAAGCUCGGAUCUUGGAACGCGAUCAUAGCUGGUUUGUCCCAAGGGGCGCGCACUAGGGAUGCUGUGCAUAUGUUCUUGACGAUGGUGAGAAACGGAUUCUUUCCGGAUGACGUGACCAUGGUGAGUGUGACAUCAGCAUGCGGAAACUUGGGGGACCUGGGUUUGGCCUUCCAGCUGCACAAGUGUGUUUUCCAGGCAAGAAAUCCCGAAAAACCCGACACCCUUAUGAACAAUUCGGUUAUCGACAUGUACGGAAAAUGUGGCAGGAUGGAUUUAGCAUAUAACGUGUUUGUUAGGAUGGAGGAGAAAAACGUGUCCUCGUGGACCUCCAUGAUCGUGGGGUAUGCCGCACAGGGGCAUGUGGGUGAGGCGCUCGGUUGGUUCGAGAGCAUGAGACAAGCAGGUGUGGGGCCCAACCACGUGACGUUUGUUGGGGUUCUGACUGCGUGCGUCCAUGGGGGAUUGGUAAGGGAAGGGAAAUACUAUUAUAGGAUGAUGAGAGAGGAGUAUGGGAUGGAGCCCAGACUGGCCCACUAUGGAUGCAUGGUGGAUUUGCUGGGGCGAGCCGGGCUGCUUGGUGAGGCUCGGAGGAUGGUGGAGGGGAUGCCGAUGAGGGCGAAUGCACCUGUGCUCGGGUGCUUGAUGGGCGCAUGUGAGAAGCACGGGGAUGUGGAGACUGGGCAGUGGGUGGCCAAGCAGUUGGUGGAGUUGGAGCCCGAGAAUGAAGGGGCAUUUGUGGUAUUGGCGAAUAUUUACGCGGAUCAAGGCCAAUGGGAACAAGUUGAGAGGUUGAGGGGGAUUAUCAAGGAGAGGAAAUUGGCUAAGCUUCCCGCUUGUAGUUUCAUUUGA